ACCCAACAAACCUCGUUUUCGAGAUCUUGAAAUAUUUCAUUUUUUCAAAAUCAUGAAAGUUCUCUGGGUCCAAUUAACGACAGGUUUUUAAACGAAGAUCAUUACAUAACUUCUGUUUGAAAUUAUUCAAAUAAUAAAAUUUAUGCGAGUAAUUUAUGUUAUGAACAGUAUUUAUAAGUAAACAAAUAUGGCCGUUUUAAACAAUGGGGUUUCAAUAUUUUACAAUGUCAAUAAAUUGUGUAAACACUUGACACCAGGAUUUAUUUUACCGAGUUUAUUAAAUGCCAAUGGUAGGCAGAUUUGGACAAAUUCGGUAGUCUGUGCAUCUGCUAAAAUGGUUCCUAAAGAAAGUCUGUACAAUAGGAUGAAAGAAAAAGUUUACUAUCAUGCUUUCGAAAAAUAUAUCUUUCGAACAAAAGGAUACUUGUUGUAUAGACAUAGUUGUGACAGCCUUAAUUAUAUUAAAUUCAUGAAAGAUCAUGAAAUGCCAGAUACAUUUUUUUCUUGGUUUUUGGUCACCGAGUUACAUGUGUGGAUGCUCAUGGUAAGAUUGAUGGCAGCAGGGCGCGAAGGGGUUGAAACCCGGCAUAAUUUGGUAGGCGCAUUGUGGCAAGAUACUGACGUUAGAAAAAAACAGCUUGGAAAUGUUAGCAACUCAGUUGUAAGAACUCAUAUUCAGGAAAUGGGAUACCAAUUUAAUGCUGCAAUUAUAGGCUACGAUGAAGGCUUGUUAGGCAACGAUCACGUACUAGCUGGAGCUGUAUGGCGAAGAAUUUUGCAAAUGAAGUGUGAAAAUCCAGAGCUCGUUGAAAACUUAGUCAGAUAUAUUCGUAAAUCGAUUUGUGAACUAGAUAAUCUUCCAAAUGAAUUGUUCCUUAAAUCAACUAAGGUAAAAUGGCCAGAAUAUCCAGCUGCAGAAGAAAAAGUGACAUAAAUCUCGAAACAGUUUUCUGGAAUAAUUUUAAUUAGGAGAUUUAAUUGCUUGAUUGUAAAUAAUAUAAUUACUGCAUUAUUUAAUAGAUUAAAAACAAUUUGUUAAAUCGA